GCGAUAUUUCUCACUUUCUUUACAGUGGAUGGUAUUGAAUGUACUAUUUAUUAUAAUUAAAAUCACGAAAAGGCAAACAUCACUUUCUCUUCACCUCAUUUAUUAUUUUCUAAAUUCGUAAAACAAACUUCUCCCCCACCUGAAAUGGCCACAACAAAAGGAACCUCGCACGUCUAUGGCAUUGACCAACACACUCUCAGCCUAACGGCGCUUAGCGGACCGGCAGCGGCAUCCGGGGGGAGAAGCAGCCGGUUCGCACUCAGCACCCUCGGCACAACGUCCCCAGAUGGGCACUCAGAAAUCCACAUAAUAAGUUUUGACGACCCCGAUCAAGGUAACGCACAAGACACCGCGGCACUCACAGCGACCAAACACAAGCAUACGGCAGGACUGCUUGCCAUUCACGCGGUGCCAUGGAGCCCCACACAGCUGGUUGCAGUCACCGGGGUGUCCGGCACCAUGAGGGAUAGUGUUCUUCAGGUGGUUGAGCUCGAAGGAGAUAAUACAAAUGUGCUGGCGACUCUGAAUGUGCCUGAGGGAUGUGUGCGUAAGGCGGCGGUAUGGCCGAUAAUGGAGGGUGGUGGGCGUAUAGGGGUUUUGUCUGACGCGGCUAUCCAGGUAUAUAAUCUUGAUAGCUCCUCGUUUAAGUCGGUAUGGUCGGCGCCGCAGGAUGAUCCGCCCGAGACGCUCGCCUGCCAUCCAUCCUCCGCCUUCCUCCUCUCCACUACCGAUGGGACUGCCUUGAGAUCCUGGGACACCCGGCAGCCGCCAGCCUCCCAUGCCACUGUGACCGUGGAGUGCGCCCACCAGGGCCGUAUCCGCGCCCUCGACUAUAACCCCAAUGUGCCGCAUAUCGUGGCCACGGGCGGCGACGACGGCAUUGUCAGACUGUGGGACGCCCGGAAGAUGCAGGGCCCGGUGACUGAGGUCAGUGAGCAUAGCUGUUGGGUAUACAGUGUGAGGUUUAAUCCGCAUCAUGAUCAGCUGCUAUUGACAGCGGGUGCCGAUGGACUGGUUAAUUUGGAGAGCGUCGUAUCGUGGUCAUUUGCGCGGCAAGUCGGCACAGCAACAGCGGCGGCGGAGGAGGGUGAUGAGCCGGAGUAUGAUGAGUAUGAGGAGGAGGGGGAGCGGGCAGUGGACGGGCUGGUUGCGCAGUUCGAUGACCAUGAGACUAGUGUAUAUGCCGCCGUGUGGUCAGUCGAAGACCCGUGGGUGUUCGCAUCGUUGUCGUUCGAUGGCCGCUUGGUCAUCAACACCGUGCCGCGCGAGGAAAAGUAUAAGAUUCUACUCUGAUGUUAUGUUGAUAU